GUGCAGCUGACACUCUGGCCAAGACAGUGACGGUGGGCAGGGGGUGGUUCAGCCCGUGGUCGUACGGCGUUGAGUCCUGGAAGCCUCCCCGUGUGAAGCCAGGAGACGUGCUCGUGUUCCGCUGGCGCAUGGCAGCGCAUGACGUGUGGCGUCUCAAGGACCUAGCAGCCUACACCAACUGCACCUUUGCCACGGGCAAGAGGCUCACCCCUAUCCGCACUUCCUACCGCUACAGGUACAAGGUGCCGCUGACAGCAGCGGGCACAACGCUCUUCUUCGCCUGCAGCGUGCCCUCCCACUGCAGCGUCUUUCACAUGAAGACUAGGAUCCCCAUCUCGCCCUAG